AUGGGGAUCAUGAGAGUCAAGCCACGAGAGGAAUUGUACAAUGCGGAUUCAGCAAAUGAAGUUAUAGAUGCUUCACCUUGUUCAGUUUAUUUUGGGGCUUCUCCGAGGAGGACAACUGGUCCGACUAGAUCAUCAACAAGAGGAGGAUGGACAGAGGAAGAGCUUGCAUUUGCUGAAGCUUGCCAACUUUGUGACUACAAUGAUUUUGAUGGACAGGAUUAUCUUCUGGCAGAAUCAGUCAGGAAGUUCAAUGGGAAACAUUGGAAAAAAAUAGCAGAGGAACUGAUUAAUUUUGUAUCCUGCACAGCCGAGUGUCUCCCUGGAAGAACAGUUUCUCAGUGCUUUUGCCGGUGGGACAGGGUUCUGAAUCCUGCAAUUGUCAAAGGAACCUGGACAAAGGAGGAGGAUGAUUGUAUCAUGGAGUUAGUCAGAAAUCAUGGUUGUAGGAAAUGGUCUGUUAUUGCAAAGUCCUUACCAGGUCGAGUAGGAAAGCAAUGCCGAGAAAGGUGGUUUAACCAUUUAGAUCCAGCUAUAAAAAGAGCUUCAUGGACAGAAGAGGAGGAGAUGACUCUGACGUACUACCAUGAAAUAUAUGGAAAUAAGUGGGCCAAGAUAAUGAGGUUUCUACCAGGAAGGAGUGAUAAUGCAAUAAAAAAUUACUGGAAUGGUGUGCUGAAGAAGAAGCUGGAUUCAUAUUCACCAAAUGGCUGUGCAAUGGAUCUGUUCACUGUGAGUUCUCCCAAUUCCUACAACUGUGCCACAGAAAUAGACUGCCUGAAGUUAGAAGAAAGACAGAGUCUUGAGAAUGCAGACUCGGAAUAUGAAAAUAUGGGAUUGAGGUACAGUGCUGAGAUGAGCACUUCUGGAUCUGGAAAGGCCAAUGGAACUGAGAAGAAGAAUGAAGUUUGCAAAUUGCAUAUGCAACCAGAGGAGACAAGCCAGAAUUGCUCGCAUCAUAAUUUACAACAGCUGAACAAUUUGGUUAGUAAUUUGGAUGCAGGUGAAUUUCCAAGUGUGGAUACUAGUGUCGUGCAUCCAAACAGUCCGUUUUGUUGUUCUACUCCAACAAAGUUUUCAGGAAGUACCUCUGCCAAUAAUAACAGUCCAGAAUCAAUAUUGAGGAAUUCUGCUAGGACCUUUAAAAAUACUCCUUCUAUUAUUCGGAAGAGGACUUUCAGAAAUGCUGCUGUUGCUGAGUCUUCUAAUGUUACCUGCAAACCUUCAUUGAAGAUCCCCUGCAUGAAUGACCACGAACCUGUCAACCAAAUAAUCAGUCUAGAUGAGAAGCAAGGGUUUCUUCCUUGCAUUUAUAAACCUGAAUCUUCAUUUGCUGUUAAGUCUCUGAAAAGGUACUUCGACUAUGCUUUUGAUAUGGAAAAGGAUGCAGCUUCUGGUAAAUGUGGCAAACCAGUCCAAAAUUCUGAUCUGACAGCAAUGAAAGCCAAUCUUGAAAAGCAUCAUAGAAUAAGAUCAGUCGUGGAAGAAGAGGCAGAGUAUUGUAACCAAUAG